CCACCAUCCACUUCCUUUAGUCAUCUUCUUCUCUUUACAAAACCACUUCCUCUCUAAAUCUCUCUCUAUAAAAAGCACUUCCUCCAUUAAAAGCCACAUCUCCCCCACAAAAAAAAAAAAAAAAAAUCCCCCCUUCCCCCUUCCCCCUUCCUUCUUCUAAUAGAUCCCCUUUUUCCCCAUGGAUGACCCUUCCACUAACUUCUUCUUCACAAAUCUCUUCAAAUUCAACUCUCCAACCACUACCAGUUUCCACCCUUCUUCUUCUUCUUCUUCAGACCCUCUUCUUCCUCCUCCUCUACCUCAGCCUAAUUUCUUCCCCACUUUCCACCACGCGCCGCCGCCACCACCAUCAUCACCGCCGCUCCGCCAAGCUCUCCCUCUCCUUAGGCUAAGCCCCACGAGAUCAUCAUCACAAGAAAAAAACAACAACAUUAAGGAAUUAGAUGACGAAAAGGAGGAAACUUUAAUGAGAGUUGCACUUCAUAUAGGGUUACCAAGCCCUAGAGAUCAAGAAAUAGAAGAUGAAGAAGAAGAAGAUCAAGAAAUAGAAUAUGAAGAAGAAGAAGAAUUAGAAGAUUUAGAAGAAGAAGAAGAAGAAGAAGUAGCAAUUUCAGGGUUAUGUUUGAGUAAUAGUAGACUUAAUAAAGGACAAUAUUGGAUCCCAACUCCUUCACAAAUCCUCAUUGGACCUACACAAUUCUCUUGUCCUGUUUGUUACAAAACCUUCAAUAGAUAUAACAACAUGCAGAUGCACAUGUGGGGGCAUGGGUCACAAUACAGGAGAGGACCAGAAUCGUUAAGAGGAACACAACCAACAGGGAUGCUAAGGCUGCCAUGUUAUUGCUGUUCACCAGGUUGUCGCAAUAACAUUGACCAUCCAAGAGCAAAGCCAUUAAAAGACUUUAGAACACUUCAAACUCAUUAUAAACGCAAGCAUGGAAUCAAGCCUUUUAUGUGUAGGAAAUGUGGGAAAGCCUUUGCUGUUAGAGGAGAUUGGAGAACUCAUGAGAAGAAUUGUGGAAAGCUUUGGUAUUGCAUUUGUGGCUCUGAUUUUAAGCACAAAAGAUCACUUAAAGACCAUAUCAAAGCCUUUGGUAAUGGUCAUGCUGCUUAUAAUCAUAGUAAUAAUAAUAAUAAUAAUAAUAAUCCUGAUCUUCAUCUUCAUCGUCUUCAUCAUCGACGUCAACGGUUCGAUAACGAAGAGGAUGAUCAUGCUUAUUCUGAAGUUGAGCAAGAUCAUGAUUGAUUUUGAUCCAUUUCUUCUAAUCAGGGUCAUUGGGUUAUUAUUAGUAUGUUCUUCUAUAUAUAUAUAUAUGGGGUUUUAGGGAACUAUAUUCUUAUCUAUAUAUAUAUAUAUAUAUUAUAUGUUACAAAAUCCAGGGUUUUUCUUUUUCUUUUUUUCCUUUCAAGCUAUUUUAGCAGCCAAAGCUUUUUUGUAUAUUGAAUUUGCCAUUUUUAAUCAAACUCUCUUGGUGGUUAUGGCUUUCAAA